UGCCCAGGGCCCGAGGCUUCCCUAGGAAUGCCCCCCCCCAGCCCACUCUCCGAGCUCCCCUCCCAGCGCACACUCACACUCACUCACGCUCACACCCCUACCCACCGGGCACGCACACGCGCGCACACACCUACCUUCGUUUCCGGAAGUUUGGGGGGAGAGUCCCCAAGUUCCUGCAAGUACUUCACAGCCAGGGCGCCGCGUGCAGAGCUGGUGUGGAGAGCUGGGGGACUAGGGAUGAAACUCAGAGGGCCCCGGCCCUUCUGCGGUCUCUGGGAAAGCAGGAAGCCUCUCCUAGCAGGGACGGCUGAGAGAAGAGGACUCUAGGAAAUGAGGCAAAGCCUGAGGUGACCUGUGUUCCAGCAGCUGGAAGGAGAGAGGGCAGCCCCUCCUUUCUGCUCCCGCCAGAACAAGGCAGGAGAGUCAGGGCAGGAAGGGAGGUCCCGGCUCUCCAUGAUGCAGCUCCCAGGGGCUAGAAGACAGAAGGCGGAUCACCCCCUAGCCCAAGAGCCCAGAGGCCCUGACCGAAGACCAGAAGAAAAUUCCUAGCCAUUCAGGUGAGACCCCAGUCCUAGUGGGGCAUGAGGAUGGGGGGAGUGGCAAGAGGGCAGGCUGGAGACCUUGUGGAGGUGCCCUCUGCCCUCUGACCGUGACCCCUCCUUGCAGUAUGGUUUCCCAGGGAUCCUCACCCUCCCUGCUGGAGGCCCUGAGCAGUGACUUCCUGGCCUGUAAAAUUUGCCUGGAGCAGCUGCGGGCACCAAAAACAUUGCCCUGCUUGCACACCUACUGCCAGGACUGUCUGGCCCAGCUGGCUGAGGGUGGCCACCUCCGAUGUCCCGAGUGCCGAGAGACUGUGCCCGUGCCCCCCUCAGGCGUGGCCGCUUUCAAGACCAACUUCUUCGUCAAUGGGCUCCUGGACUUGGUGAAGGCUCGGGCGGGUGGAGACCUUCGUGCAGGGAAGGCAGCCUGUGCUCUGUGUCCCCUGAUGGGCGGCACCAGUGCCGGGGGGCCAGCCACAGCCCGGUGUCUGGACUGUGCUGACGACUUGUGCCAGGCCUGUGCCGAUGGGCACCGCUGCACCCGCCAGACCCACACCCACCGAGUGGUCGACCUGGUGGGCUACAGGGCAGGGUGGUAUGAUGAAGAGGCCCGGGAGCGUCAGGCUGCCCAGUGCCCCCAGCACCCUGGGGAGGCCCUGCGCUUCCUGUGCCAGCCCUGUUCCCAGCUGCUGUGCCGUGAGUGCCGCCUGGACCCUCAUCUGGACCACCCCUGUCUGCCCCUGGCUGAGGCAGUGCGUGCCCGGAGACCAGCCCUGGAGAAGCUCCUAGAAGGUGUAGACAGCAACCUGGCCGAGCUGGAGGCCACUCGAAUGCUGGAGAAGGAAGCCUUGGCCCAGCUGAGGGAGCAGGCAGCCAAGGUGGGGAUGCAAGUGGAGGAGGCGGCUGAGGGAGUCCUCCGGGCCCUCCUGGCCCAGAAGCAGGAGGUGCUGGGCCAGCUACGGGCCCAUGUGGAGGCUGCUGAAGAGGCUGCCCGGAAGCGACUGGGGGAGCUGGAGGGCCGGGAACAGGUGGCCAAGGAGGCUGCUGCCUUUGCCCGUCGGGUGCUCAGCCUGGGUCGUGAGGCUGAGAUCCUCUCGCUGGAGGGGGCGAUCACACAGAGGCUUCAGCAGCUACAGGGUAGUCCCUGGAUGCCUGGGCCAGCCCCUUGCCUGCUGCCUCAGCUGGAGAUCCACCCUGGACUCCAAGACAAGAACUGCCAUUUACUACGGCUUUCCUUUGAGGAGCAGCAGCCACAGAAGGACAGUGGGAAAGAAGGAGCCAGGAGCCAGGGAAGCAGCGAAACCCAGAGCUGCAUUGAGAAUGGAGCCAAGAAUGAGAGACGCGAUGGAGUCCAGCCCCAGGGUAAGGAUAGAGCCCCGACACCCCAAGAAGAUGGAACCCAGACCCCGAAAGAGGGCAGAGCCCAGUCACCCACAGAAGAUGAAAGAGCCCAGACCCCGAGGGGUGGCAGAUUAAACAAGAAGAAGAAGUUCAAAGACAGGUUCAAGUCGAUUUCCCGGGAGCCCAGCCCAGCACCAGGGCCAAACCUGGAGGGUUCUGGCCUCCUCCCCAGACCCAUCUUUUCCUGCAGCUUUCCCACGAGGAUGCCUGGAGACAAGCGGUCUCCCCGGAUCACUGGACUCUGUCCCUUUGGCCCCCGGGAGAUCCUGGUGGCCGAUGAACAGAACAAAGCGCUAAAGCGCUUUUCCCUCAACGGUGACUACAAAGGAGCAGUGCCUGUCCCCGAGAGCUGCUCCCCGUGCAGUGUGGCAGCCCUGCAGGGUGCCGUGGCCUUCUCGGCCGGUGCCAGGCUCUAUCUUAUCAGCCCUGAUGGAGAGGUGCAGUGGCGCCGGGCCCUGAGCCUAUGCCAGGCCAGCCACGCUGUGGCUGCCAUGCCGAGCGGGGACCGGGUGGCCGUCAGCGUGUCUGGCCACGUGGAAGUAUACAACAUGGAAGGCAGCCUGGCCACCCGGUUUAUCCCUGGAGGCAGGGCCAGCCGGGGUCAGCGGGCGCUGGUGUUCCUAACCACCAGCCCGGAGGGGAAUUUUGUGGGUUCAGACUGGCAGCAGAAUAGCUUGGUGGUCUGUGACGGGCUGGGUCAGGUGAUCGGGGAGUACCGAGGGCCAGGCUUGCAUGGCUGCCAACCAGGCUCCGUGUCUGUGGAUAAAAGGGGCUACAUCUUUCUGACCCUGCGUGAGGUCAACAAGGUGGUGAUCUUGGACCCCAGGGGGUCACUGCUUGGUGACUUCCUGACAGCCUAUCAUGGCCUGGAAAAGCCACGGGUGACCACCAUGGUGGACGGCAGGUACCUGGUUGUAUCCCUCAGUAAUGGAACCAUCCAUGUCUUUCGGGUUCGUUCUCCUGACAGUUAAUGGGGUAGG